AGGCAGGGUGGGGCUAGCCUGGGGCGCCGGUUGUGUAAUGUGUUUGAUCAUGCGCUUCUCUGAACUUCGACAGGCUCUUUCACUUUUGUUUCCCCGGCACCUCUGAGCACAGGAGCGUCUGGUUUUAUGCAGACACAGCUGCCGAGUGGAUCUGCGCAGCUAAGGAUAACUGGAUCUUGUUCCAAACCAGCCGGAGGGAGAUUCUUGGUAAGCUGGGGGUGAAGCAACACCUCCUUCCAGCCAGGCACAGGCUGGUGAGCUGAAGGGGAAACUCUGAGAUCCCACUGCUGACACCAUGACCUCAGGAGCCGACGGGAUGGCCCCAGAUGGCAAAGACUUUGAGGAUGUCAUUGAGUAUAUAAUGGACCCAAUGAGCACAGAGAAACUGCAACUCCUGCUGAGUGAUGCAGCCUGGGAGAGAUUUGUGAUGGCGGCCAAUGUGUCCCGGGAUGAGGCAGAUGCACUAUAUGAAGACCUGAGUGAGCUGAAAAGUCUCAUGGCCACGGAGACCGAAGACAUGCCCUCGAAAGAAGAGCUGCACAGGAAGAGGUUUAUGGAUGAGUUUCCUCUGGUGAAACAGGAGCUUGAGGAGCACAUAAGAGAGCUCCAUGCGCUUGCAGAGGAGGUUGACAAGGUACACAGGGACUGUACCAUCUCCAAAGUGGUGGCCAAUUCGACCGGUGUUGUGUCUGGCAUUCUGACCAUCGUUGGCCUGGCUCUGGCACCUGUGACAGCAGGGGCUAGUCUGGCGCUUCUUGGAACUGGGAUAGGACUUGGGGUAGCAGCCUCUGUGACCAGUGUGUCCUCCAGCAUCGUGGAACACUCAAAGAAUGUGUCCGCAAAAGCCAAAGCCAGUCGGCUAGUGUCAGCUGCCAUCAAGGAGGAGGAGGUAGUUUUGAAGGUUCUACGUAGCAGUGCACCCAAAAUUACUUCUGUAGCAGAAAAGUGCAUCAGAUCCCUGAUAAACCUUGUAAAGCAUGGCCGCGCCUUCAAGCUGGUCAAGUCCAACCCUUCCUUAGCAAAACAGGCCACACGCUUCAUGACCACCGGGGUGACCUCGGUCCGAAGCAGCAGGCGGGUGCAGAAAGCUUUUGGAGGCACCGCUCUGGCGAUGACCAAAGGAGCCAGGAUCUUUGGUGCAGCCACUGCAGCUGUGUUUCUUCUGAUAGAUGCGAUCGAACUUGCAAAGGAGUCAAAGCACUUGCUUGAGGGGCCAAAGACACAGUCGGCGGAAGAGUUGAGGCAGCAGGCCCAGGAGCUGGAGGCAAAGCUGCAGAAACUCAUCUCCAUUCACAAAAUGCUAUGA